AUGGCACUUGCUGCAAGCAAAGUUUCAAGCAGUCCUAUUGUGACUAAUAGAACAGCUCUCUGUAAAUCACAUGAAAAACAUUAUUUUUCCUCGUCAACAAGGAUCAAUAGAAUACAAUUUUCAAGGCAUAGACUGGAACAUGGACAGCUGAACUAUAGAUGUCUCUACUCUCAGAGAUCAACCUUAUUCAAUGACACGUUUUGGUUCGUUAACGGGAAACCAGUUGGUUUGAUCUCCAGGAAAUCUUCUAUCUCAUGUAAAUCAACAGGAGCAAAUAAUACUGAAGAGAAAGAAUGUAUUACAACUUAUGACGACGUUACUGACUUAACUAGGACACAUGCCAAAGACGAGAAAAAUGAUCACACUCUUGUUAUCCGUGGCUUGGCUGAAGCUUAUAAAUUUGUUUGUAACGAUGCAAAGUUUCUCUCACGUGGCAUAAUGAGGCUUGAUGCUCGUGCACGCCAAGAUGUUGCUUUCCUUGGGACUGAAUUUCUCAAGCUGGAUGCUCGGGCAAGAGAGGAUACUGAGAAAAUUGACCGUGACGUAAAGGAAAAAGCUAGCUGGCUUAGUCGAAUUGCUACUAUACUAAAGGAUAAAGCUCAGUCCAGAUUGAAAAAUGCUGCUGAUGAGCAUUGGAGUGAUGGGGCCUUAGAGGCUGAUUUACGUCUUGCUGACUUCCGUGCUAAGCAACGUGCAAUGGAAGAUGCCCUGAUGGCCUUGGAGCUUAUCAAAAACAUCCAUGACAGGAUGGUGAACAAGAUGUAUAACUUUCCACUUCGCAGAGAUAAAGGAUCUCUUUCAGAAAACAAUGUAAGAGGUCGAAUAAUGCUGGAAAAGAACGGAAAAACCACAAAUUCCUUUCCUGGGGAUGUGACCUCAGAAAGGAUUGCUGCUCUUCAGGAAGCUUACUGGAGUAUGGCAUCAGCACUUUCUGAAGCAGAUGGAAUCGAUUAUACUGAUCCCGAAGAGCUUGAGUUGUUGAUCAGAACUCUUAUAGAUCUGGAUGCAAUGGAUGGUAAACAAAGUGUAUCUUUGUUGGUAAAGUGCUCCAGUUCCCCCGAUGUCAGCACUAGGCGAGCUUUAGCCAAUGCACUGGCAGCAGCACCAUCCAUGUGGACUCUUGGAAAUGCAGGGAUGGGGGCAUUACAGAGACUGGCAGAAGAUAGCAACCCAGCCAUUGCUGCUGCAGCAUCCAAAGCUAUUCAUGAACUGAAAAAACAAUGGGAAAUAGAGGAAGGCGAUAGCUGGAGAGCAACUAAAUUCAUCUCACCCCUGAAGGAGUCGCUUGGGGUUCAUGUGGGGCAGCCAUUGUUCUGCUAUGUCACGAACAUCACAUAUGUGUAUGACCUACUGGCCAUUUUCAUGGAUGGUGGUGGGGACCAUCAUGCGCGUGGAGUGGCCCAACCCAAAUUCAUCGAACAACAAGGACUGUCUUCUGUUUAA